AUGUUACUUUUACUGUUUGUAUUACUUAAUAAUAUCAUAUGCCCAACAUUAUCUAUAUAUCCAGACGAUGAUUGCAAUAAGUGUAAACAUGCUGCAAAAAGUUUUAUCUUAGGAUUUCACAAAUCAGCUGGCAAAAAUUUUGGAGGAGGGAAUUCUUUGUGGGAAGAAAAGCACUUAGGGAGCUAUUCUGUUAGCGAAGUGCGCUACCACGAUAUUGUUGAAGGGAUCUGUAGUGAUGUCAAGCAAGCAGUUAAAUGUCAUGAGUUUCUAGAAAGUAUUGAGCAUCAUUUAGAAGAUUGGUGGCUUAGGGAAUACAGGAUUGAUUCUAAUAAAGUACAAGGGUUUGAGGAAGAUUUAUGCGUCACUCGGACCAAGUUUUGCUGUCCUGCUAACUCCUUUGGGAAUUCUUGUCUUCCAUGUCAUCCAUGUUACUUUUUUGGUGGCAGGUGUGAUGGUAAUGGGACACGUUCUGGAACAGGUAAUUGUAUUUGCAACGACGGAUAUACAGGAGAGUUAUGCGACAAGUGCACCUUUGAGACUCAUUUCCAGUCCCACAGUGACUUCCCAAUAUCAUGCACACGAUGUCAUUUGUCGUGCUCCGGUGGUUGUUCUGGUCCAUUUCCUGAAAACUGUUCUGCGUGUGCCGCUGGAUGGAUCAAAGUAGACUCCGGUGAUCAACGAGGAUGUGUUGAUAUAAAUGAAUGUAUUGAUAAUCCUUGCAACAGGUCUACACAUUUUUGCUUAAACAAACCUGGUUCUUACGAAUGUGUUCCCUGUCAUCCUGCUUGUAACAAAUGUUCUGGUUCGACUGCGAACGAUUGUGAAUCUUGUGCAAGCGGUUACCAAAGAGGAAACGGAGACGUAUGUGAAGAUAUAAACGAAUGUAAUGCUGACAGCAAUAUUUGUAAUAGCGAAGGAGAAAGUUGCACGAACACAGUUGGUAGUUUUAAAUGUGAUUGCAAGAGUGGAUAUAAGCGGACUAGUAGUGGGUGCGUGUUGGAUGUAAAGCCAAGAAAAGUUUCGCAGACAUCUGGUAAGUUUGAAUCACAGUCAACAGUUCAUAACAUUAACUCACGCAAUCGUAACACGCAAAGAAUAAUAUGGACUGUAACUUAUACGAAAGAAUUCCUCAAAUACUCUGCUUCUCUAGCUGCAUUUGGCGCCUUUUGCUGGUUUGCUAAGGGACACCCUUUCGCAAUUCUGUUUGCGUCACUACUAAUCGGCUCAUUUGUGUAUUUUCAGAGCAUUAACUUUGAUUUCGUAUUUGCUAACCAGAAAUAG